AUGGCUCAAUCUAAAAAUUCAAAACCUAAGAACAAAUAUAGAGCAUCGGGAAAUUAUAGCAUACUGUAUCUUUCCAAGCUUAAAGACAUAAAUAAAGCACUUUCUCAAAAAAUCAUUAUAGAAAUAUGCAGCUUAAAAGACAUAACCAGCAUAAAAUAUUCCUUUUUCAAUCAUAUCAAUUUUAAUCUCGACCCUCAGAAAAGUAAUAUUCUCCCAUUUCUUGAGAAAUAUUUAACUGAAGACUUAAAAUCGGUUUUAUUUUCUAUCAUUUUGUUCUCUCGUGAAACAAAUGAAAUUGAUACAGCAUCAAGCAAUGCAGCUACUAUACUUAAUAGAUGCAAUUAUUCUUUUUCAAAUAAAGAUUUACACGGGGUAAAAAUUAAAUUAAGAAUCUUAAAGUCUUCCAGAUUUGAUGCCCUUCGACCAGCACCAACCUGCAUGCGAGACUGAAAUUCAGCCGCAUUGGAAAAGUCUCUAAUCUCUAAGAGUCUCGAUGGAUUAAGAAGACUCACUGUUAGACGCUAUCUGUACUAUGAAGUUACGGUUAGCCUGAUGUCUUCUGUUGGCCACCUGACACCAGGAAAAAGGAACCACACCCUCGGAACCGGCAGGGAAAAUAACUGUAACCCAAAAGCACGGAGUAAGAAUCCUUAACGCUGAUUUAUCUGGAAAUAUGUUUAUUAAAACAAAUUUUAAAGAUAGUAACUUCAAAGCGACGAAUUUUUCAAAAUCAAGUUUUUAUUAUUCGAAUCUGGAAAAUUGCCACUUGGAAGAUGCAAAAUUCGGAAUUGAGGUCUUUAAUACAAAUCUAGAUAAAAGUCUUAUGGUUGUCAUGGCUUUUUCUAACUGUGGAAAAUAUGCUGCUAUUGGAGGAGGUGGAGCCAUUUUAUACGUGCUUGAAAUAAAAACAGAAAAAAUCAUUUGGAAUUUCAAAAUCCAGGGAGAUUGAAAUAUACUUACCUUAGCUUUCUCAAAUAAUAGUGUUUUCCUAGCUUCAGGAAGUCGAAAUAGCGCUCUUUAUUUAUUAAAUCUAGAAACCGGAGAAUCCAUAUGUCUAAGCUCUCAAGAUAAUCACAGCAUUUUAUCUGUUUCAUUUUCUCCAGACGACAAAAUUCUAGCUAGCUGUAGUAAGUCAGGAUACAUUUGUAUAUGAGAUAUAAAAACAUCAUCAUGCAUUAAAAUAAUUCAGGAAAUCCUAAAUCCAAAUAUUGUUGUAUUUUCUCCUUGUGGAAAAUAUAUGGUUGCAUCAUCGACAUUAAGCUUAAAAAUUUUCAAAACAAAUACAUGGGAAAUUUACUAUUUUAUAAAUUCUUGGCCAAACAAAGUAAAAACUUUGAAUUUUUUGGCAAAGGGGAAAUUUUUGGUUUUCGGGACUGAUAAGCAUGUGAUAAAUAUAUGGCACUUGGAUGAAGCAAAAAAAAUUAUAGAAAUAGCUGGUGAUAUAACUGUAUCAAUUAUUGAGGUAUCAAAAAAUGGCGAAAUUCUUGCGUUUAGUGGAAAAGGGAAAAGCAUAUGGCUCUGAAGCAUUGAAACCCAACAGAUAAUAAAUAAAUUUAUAUGCAGUAGAGAAGUAUGCGCCAUGUCAUUUUCUCCAUGUGGUAGAUAUUUAUUAUCUGGAAACGACGAUGGAAAAAUCAAUAUUUUUGAAAUUGAUAUACAAAACAAUUAUAAAAAAUUUGAGGGCCAUCAAGAUCCGAUUAGUACAGUUGCUUAUUCUCCGACAGGCGAGUACUUUAUAUCAGGCAAUUUAGAUAAAAAAAUUAAAAUAUGAAGUGCUAAAACAUACGAGCUUUUAGGGACUUUAAAUGGUCAUACAGGCUAUAUAGCCUCUGUAUCAAUUUCUCCGUGCGGGCUAAUGAUUGCUUCUGGAAGUUCUGAUAGAACUCUCAGGAUAUGGGACGCAAAAACAUACUCCGAGAUAAUCUCUAUAAAUGACAGCAAUCGAUAUGUGACUUCAGUAUGCUUUGUUCCUAACGAAAACUCUAUCUUGUACGGCAGCAAUGGCAUAGUUUUAAGAGACCUUGAAAAUUUCUCAAUAAUAAAAGCGACAGAGGCGUUUAACAGACACGUAAAAGGCUUGAUUUUUUCUCCAAAUAAAAAAUAUUUUGUAGCAAUUGAUGACACUGAUCUGCUUGAGCUUAUUAAUUUUGAAUCGUUCGAAAUAAAGAAAAUGAUAUAUAAUACGUGCUCGAAUGCUAAUUCGGUUUCUUUUUCACCUGAUGGAGAAUUUCUAGCAUUUAUUCAAUCAAGAAUGAACAAGAUAUGCAUUUAUAAAGUUGAAGAUUUUCAAUUAAAUAGAGAAAUAAAAAUUGUUAGUGAAUGACUGCUUUCAUUAUCUUUCUCAUGCAAAGGAAAUUUUUUGGGGGUUAGCAGCGAAAAUGAUAUAUUGUUGGUAAAUUUUGAUACAAACGAGAUAUGUGGAGAGAUAAAUUGCCAUAAUAGAUGGGUUAAGGGGCUUGUAUAUCAUCCAAAAAUAGGAAAUAUAUUUUUAUCUGGUAGUUAUGAUUGCACUUUAAAGAUAUGGGAGUUAGGUUAGGUUAUUCAAAGUAAGGGGUUAGCCAUACUGGUGACACAGUCACCAAAGACCUCCUAUGCAGGAGGUUCUAUCAUUUUUCGGCUCCAGCCCAGAGAGUUUAUCACUCCAAAAGGUUGUCACUUCCGGUACCUUCCGUAUUCUCUUUGCGGCUUCAGUUUUGAGUGUUUAUGGAUUUCUGCGACCCUACUACGGGCGAUUGGAGUAGCUUGAUUCCAUGGAUCAACUCCUUGGAUUCUAUCGGGUGUCAAAGUGCCGAUCUUAGACAGCUACAGGAAAAAGACUACUCUCCUGUGGCCUGUGCGGAAACCCUGGUUUCUUGGUAAAUGAUUGCCCAUGGGUCCUUGGAUCCAAAGGAAGUCCAGGCAUCUCAAUUUACAACUACAGGAAGGCAGCCAAAACCUACCGAAUGCACAUUUCCUGAAGCUGCACUUGCUUAUCGACUCGGAGUCCAUCCCAGUUCGCCGUAACCAUAAGGUCUGGAUUGUUGAACCAAGAGAACAGGCUGAACGUAUCGCCAUUUUAGUGUAUAUUUUAAAGAUAUGGGAGUAUUAA